UCUACCCGUAUCUUACUAAACGAAAUCAGUUAGUCUGAUACCGCGACCGUUGGCGAUCACAUGUGUGUCUAAUAUUAUAUUUAUUUACUUUUAAUAUUAGUGUUCAGUGUAUAAUAAUAAUAACAGUUUAUGACAUAAUAGUAUAAUACUUAUAAACGACCAUGUCAUCAUCGAUCUACUAUCGGAUGCUGGGGCACGCGGUGAUCCUCUCGCUGCACUCCGGCAACUCCUUGGUGAUGUUCCUCUCGAUGGAGGAUGAGAGCAUCAUGAGGGACCUGGACGUGAGGAAGAUGACCUCACUGCAGAGUAUGUACCUCACUGUCUGGAAUAUUGCCUUCCAAAUGUCAUAUUUCUCGCUGGCGUUCGCCUGUGACUUCCUCACCGUCACAGGACGAGAACAUUUGAUCUCCAAGAACAUCAGACAAUUCCGACACACGUUCUUCAGCUCACUUAUAUUCCCUAUCGCCGGGCUAAUCUUCACGGUAUUCUGGCCAGUAUUCAUAUUAAACAGAGAGCUGCUUUUCCCGGAGUUUAUAGACAAGAUAUUUUCGUUUAAGUCUAACUUUAUAAUGCAUUUCUGCAUACUACCCGCUGCAAUAUGGGAGCUGGUGUUUCUACCGCGUCCCGUACCGAAGACACAUCGGUACAACAUAUCCAUUAUAGUCGCAUUGUUCAUCGUUUAUAAUACUGUAGUAAUCUACACACACCACCAGCGAGGUCUCUUCCCGUAUCCAAUCUUCACAAUGACCUACGGAACGAUAUACUUCCCAAUAUUCCUAGUUCUAAUGUUUUUCAUAGGUCUAACAGUGUACCAUGCUCAAUGGAAACUACACUCCUUAGUCUGGGGACAAGAAAAACUAAAACAGAACAAAGUAAAAUUUUCCUAAACUAAAACUAAAAAAAUGAGUGGUCCCUAAACUCGUUUUUGAGACGUAUUCUAAAAGUAAAAGCUAAAAAAAUGAGUAUCGAUAUUUUUUAAGACUUAUUUCUGUUAAAAAUGUUGAUUGGUCAGUUGUUUUUUUUUUUUUUGAGAAAUGAGUAUUUUUUUUUAAUAAGGUAAUGAGUUAUAGUGAGUGUUUGUGAACUGAGUCUGUGGUAUUAGAAAUAAAUCGCAAAA